CCCUUUCACCUCGUAGCCGUUGGCUAACGUGGAAGUGAGUCCCGCUGGCCGGCUGAAAAGCCGGGACCGCGCUGCCCGGGGCAGUUGGGCGCGCGGCACGGCGACGGUGGGCUUCUCGGCGCGGCUCGGCCUUUCCCGGGAGGGAGCAAUGGGGCGCGCGGGCGCCGGCGAGCGGACGCCGGUGUAGGACGCGCGGCGCCCGGCCCGGGAGCGCGGCGGCGGCGGCGGCGGGCGCGGGGAGGCCUGUGAGGGCCGGCGCCCCGAGCCCCGGCCUCCCGCGCCAUGGCCCCUAUGGGCAUCCGCCUGUCCCCGCUGGGGGUGGCCGUGUUCUGCCUGCUGGGGCUCGGCGUGCUCUACCACCUGUACUCGGGCUUUCUGGCCGGCCGCUUCAGCCUCUUCGGCCUCGGCGGCGAGCCAGGCGGCGGCGGGGCGGCGGGGCCCGCAGCCGCGGCCGAUGGGGGCACGGUGGACCUCCGCGAGAUGCUGGCCGUGUCGGUGUUGGCCGCUGUUCGCGGCGGCGACGAAGUGAGGCGCGUCCGCGAGAGCAACGUCCUCCACGAGAAGUCCAAGGGGAAGACGCGCGAGGGAGCCGAGGACAAGAUGACCAGCGGGGACGUGCUGUCCAACCGCAAGAUGUUCUACCUGCUCAAGACCGCCUUCCCUAACGUGCAGAUAAAUACUGAGGAACAUGUGGAUGCAGCUGAUCAGGAGGUUAUCUUAUGGGAUCGUAAGAUUCCUGAGGACGUCCUGAAGGAAAUAGCCACCCCUAAAGAGGUACCAGCAGAAAGUGUUACUGUCUGGAUCGAUCCACUUGAUGCUACACAGGAAUAUACAGAGGAUCUUCGAAAGUAUGUCACUACUAUGGUAUGUGUGGCUGUGAAUGGUAAACCUGUGCUAGGAGUGAUACAUAAGCCAUUUUCUGAAUAUACAGCUUGGGCAAUGGUAGACGGUGGGUCCAACGUGAAAGCCCGCACUUCCUACAAUGAGAAGACCCCAAGGAUCGUUGUGUCACGCUCACAUUCAGGAAUGGUCAAACAGGUUGCUCUUCAGACUUUUGGAAACCAGACUACAAUUAUCCCAGCUGGUGGUGCUGGUUAUAAAGUUUUAGCACUCUUGGAUGUGCCUGAUAAGAGUCAAGAAAAAGCUGAUCUAUAUAUCCAUGUGACAUACAUCAAAAAAUGGGAUAUAUGUGCUGGCAAUGCCAUCUUAAAAGCCCUUGGGGGGCAUAUGACUACCCUGAGUGGUGAAGAAAUCAGUUACACUGGUUCCGACGGCAUUGAAGGAGGGCUCCUUGCUAGCAUCAGAAUGAACCACCAGGCUCUAGUCAGAAAACUCCCAGAUCUAGAGAAGACAGGACAUAAAUAAGCAAAGGUGAUCACAGGUCACAGCUCUUCCUGAGUUGAGCAGUCAGCCUGAAACGCUGGGGUCUUCAACGCUUUGGUGGAGACUGCAUGGUUAAGGCCAUCCAGAACUUUUUAAAGUAUUUAUGAAGCAUCAGAGACUUAUUUUCCCUGUAAUAGGAUGCAAGAUCAGGGAAAGUGGGUUGCUUCGUGUCUCAAGUAUUGUCUUUAUUUUUGAGACUAUUUUCGUACAGUUGUCAUACACAAGGCCGCAUAUAUAUAUAUAUAUAUAUAUACACACACACACAUAUAUAUAUAUAUUUGUGAAUUAAAAUCUAUAGCUGAGUCUACAUUGUUAUGAGUCACAAUUUUCACACAACAUCAUGAAUCUUCACUAUUUGUUAGUACUUUCAUACAGAAUAGGGCUGAAGAAAGGAUUGAUUUUGUGUAGAUUUAAUACUACUUUACAAUUGUAUCUCAUUGAAAAUAAAGUAAUUGGAGGUUUUUACCCCUAAUUCAGAUGGAAAGCACAAGAAGCCACACAUUCAUUAAUAUGCAACAAAUGCUCUAUUUAUCUGUUGUUACUGAAUAUUUCUUAAUGGAUUAAAAUAGAAAAAGCUUAUUUUUUUUUCUUUGAAAUUUUAACAGGUUCACCAGCUAGUCGAAAAUAUAGCUAUAUGAUGAUUGCGUUGUAAUAGUAGUUUCUGUGUGUGUGUUUUUGUUUUUGUACAGAAAAGUGUAUUUGUAUCCAUGGGUUCAAUAUUUCUGCCACCUUACUGUUGAUUUUUGUUUGUUCUGUGGACAUUGCAUGGUCCCAUCCUUUCCCUCCUAACCAGCAUUUAGUCUUUAACAUGUAAGGUUUGGAUUAAGGUUUCAGGGUUAGCACUAAGAUUUUGGUACAUUUUCUCAUUAGGGAUAAAUUAUGCACUAUAAGAAUAUAAAUUAUUCUGUUAAUUGAGUCAUUUGAUACUACACAAAUUGAGCUAGCUUUCGUUAUUUUCAAGUUUUGUUUUAGUACUUUUUAAAAACGUUGCCAGGUUUGUAUGUAGAGAUUCUCACCUUAUCAAGAAUGAUUUAUGGUUGCUUUUACCAUUAAUAAAUGGAUCUAAUCUAAUCUCAAAGUAGUAGCUUUUAAGAUACUUUAAAGUUUCCUUUCAGAUUAAAAUAACAAAGGUUAAUGUUACUUUUUAAGUAAUUUUUGUUUUAAUUCAGUAGGCAGAAUCUGACUGGAAGAAAGGCAGUGGCAUAUUCACUGUGUCCCUGUAAUUAGAACCUUGCUCUGUGAACUUUCAUCGGAAUGUUGGAUUUCUCUCAGUGUGUUAUCUGGAAACUUCGUGUAAACAAUACCAUUAUUUCAUGUGACUUUGAUGUCCUUGUAUUUUAUAACAUACUGAUUAUAGGGGGAGGGGAUUGCUCAUUGUUUUCUUCUUUUCUUUCUUCAAAACAACUUUCCAUUUCUUUUCCUGUCAUGGAGGUAAAAUUGACCAAAGAAUGGACAUCCUCACCUAGUGGAAUGUGCAUACAGCUGUAGGUCUGCCUUUUACAUGGUCUCCAGGGUCCUUUCAUUCCUCCUUAGGGAACUGAAUUUAGUACAAAGCACAUGUUUAUUCCCAGUCUCUAGCAACUGUUCACAAACCUGAUAGUGUGGUGGGCCUCGAUAGGUUCAGUGAAAAUUCAUACAAAGUUUUGGUAGUUGGAACACUUGAUAUUUAAACAGGACUUACAGGUUCAGAACAGAGUAUUGGAGACCUCAUCUUUUUACUUUUCAAUGAAAUGAGAAUAUUUUUUCCUCAGGAGAGAUGGCAGAGGCAUAUACUAUUUCCAGAGUCUGUGGUAUAAGCAUUUGUUUUAAUUGUAAUGUGUCAAACAUGGGGCAAGAAGACUGGCAUAUUAAGAAAUGGCAUUUAAUUGGAGGGUUUUUUUUUUUUUUCAAUAUUACAUGGAAAAUUUCUAAUUUAAUGGAAAUGAAACUAGAUCAUAUUAGCAAGCAUGAUUACUUUGGUUUUAUUUUUAAUUCCAUUAAUCUGCAUGUAGAUAAUGACUUUGCGAAGGGUUGGUGUUAUGUGCAAAAGUUAAGAUAUUGGCUGACAGUUAAAUGCAUUAUUUUUAUAAUUUGUUGGGUAUAGUCUAGUUACUAAUGGUUUUUAAGUGCUUUUAUAGAAAAUUCAUUUUUAAUUUUUUUGUUUCUAAAAGUCAAUAUACAUUACAGAACUAAUAUAAGUACAAAGAACAAUAUUUAUAUUUAUUUAUGUGAGACAUUAUUGUGCCAGAACAUAACCAGUAAAACACCAUGAAUAAGUGAGGCAUGUACUAUCUCCCAGAAUUACUUCUAAAUGCAGCAAAAUAAAGUUGAACGUUUAGCAAGCCUCACCUCCCCAACUCCUGGUCUUCCCUUUCCUUUAUCUUUGCUAUCAUUUAGAGCACAAUGCUCCCUUAAACUUUUGAGUUUUACACAUCACAUUUAGUAAAAGUAGUGGCAUCGAUAACUUCAGUAUUUAUUAGCUGUCCCCUUGCUCUGCCCUUCAUCUCUACCUCAUUCCCUGGCUCCCCAGCCCGUUGAUGUUGUUCUGUAUCUGCCCCUUUCUGGACCAUACUCUCCCCCAAAACUUAACCCCUGAAUUCUCUCCUAGACCUACUUCUCUCAAGAUUGGCUGCUGAGAUCUUAUGGUAGAACUGAGUUAAGUUCCUGGUCAGGGAGAUGAAGCCAGGCAAGAGUUCUGGUUGACCGUUAUUUCUCAAAGACUGUUCUCAAAAGGUAAAGGAAAAUCACCUUCAAAACCACAAAGAUUUACACAGUCAAGUCUAAUCCAGUGCUUCUGUCUUUACAAACCAUUUCUUUAGAUCCUUUCUUCACAGAAUGAAAAUGCAGAAAAUACAAGAAUUAGGUAUAUAAGCCUGCUUAAGAAAACUUGCUUUUUCUGUUAGCUUUCAUACUUGUGUCCCUAUUUCAGUUGAGAUUACAAAGGGCCUACAAGGAUCAUAUUUGUUUGGUAUUCAGUUGUCCUCUUUCCUCUAAUGUUUUUUCUUGAUUUAAAUCAACAUUCAGAUGAAUUGUUUAUGGCUGUAUGAUGAAGCUAACAAGUGUUUUGGUUCAUGUGUUUUAAGUAACAAUUGUGCAAAUUCUGUUGCUGAGUGCUCCCUUUGAAUAUUGUGCUAAUUGGGUUCAGAGGAAGUAGGGGAGGGGCAGUGGCUAAGAAGAGGGUGGGAAGGAAGAAAGCUCCAGGGAAGGGUAGCAGAGGGAGGAUGCAGAGCAAACAUCUGCCUGAGCCCUAGGAUCAGGAACUCUGCCCUUGUCUCAGAUGUUCAAAAACUGGAUCUCACCCAGGCUUUGAAGGUGACAACGAUCUCUGAUAGCAAAGCAUAAGUAAAGAAAGCUGGGGUGCCACCACCCUCUGUUCUUCAAAAAAGAAAAUAUCCAGCUUGCCUCUCCUUGAUAACACCUUGAAAAUGGCCUUAUGGAGACAAUCUUUGGCAGGUUAAAAAUAGAAUCUACUUGGGUUAUUCUAGCUACAACUAUUUAUCUUGGCUAUGUGUUGACUGGUCCUGGAUAGAAACUGAUUUUUCAUUUUUGAUCUUCGUUGAAUUUGAGGUAUAUUAUUUUCAGUAUAUGCCUACAAAAAUUCUGUCUUGUAACUGUUGUAUAAAAUCAACCUAGUCUAUGGUUUCAUUUUUAUCCUAAAAAAAGUUGUGCCUUAACAAUAGGGCAUUGUAUGUUAAUAAGGGAAAAUAAAAUCUUUUUUUAAUAGAUGGGGAAAAUAGGAACUUUUUGCCAUUAAAAUUUAAGUUCUUUUAACAUUUUUAAUAUUAGAGUUGGGGAAAAUUCAUUAAAUUAAAUACAAUUGAUAUAAACUUAUUUUUGCAUAACCUAGCAUUUACAACUAAAGUACAUUUUUAUAAGAACUGGCAUCUUGAUGUAUAUAGGUCUGAAAUGAUACUUCAUCCUUUGGUUUUUAAUUUGAAUUAAUACAAGACCAGGAUAAGGUACAUUUAAAAAUUUUUUUUCUUUUAAAUCAUUUUAGUGUGCUAUUGUAUCUGUUCUACUGGUCUUCUGAGUUAACGUUGGUUUUUAAAAACAGCUAUUCAUGGUACCAUAUCAAUAAUUUAUUAAUGCUAAAAAAUACUGUGUGUUAUGUGACUUAACAAACCAGAACAGUUCCUGGAUUGAAGUGGGGAGGGGGAGAAUUGGGGAUUCUGAUAGCAGUUACCACGAAGGCAAGAAGAAUUGAACUUUGUAUUUCAAAAGGAGGUUUUGGUUUUAUGAGGUGCUGUUUAUGUAAGUUGUUUAUUUUUAUUUUAUCAAAGCCUGGCAGGUAUUAGCAUUCCAGUUUACUAUUGGUUUCUGUUUUUAAAAGUUAUUUUUAAAGUUGGAUGGUGAAUUAAUUCUGUGGGAAAACGAGAUUUAUAAGUAGGUUUUUUUUUGAGAUAAAAUAAUAUAAGCCAAACUUUUAGAAGUUAAGGCUGAUGAGUAUUAAAGCAACGUUACAUAAUUGUGUUUGUAAGUGUUCCCUAAAGUAUUAUAAUUAAGGUAAUUUGUGUAAAUUACAAAAGCAGAAACUGAUGUUUGAUUAGUAGUAUGUUCCGUUAAAAUUCCUCUUGAAGUAUGUUCUACACAUAGUUAUUAUUCAGGAAAGACUUGCUCAUCCUGUAUUUUUUUAAAUAGGAAAUACAGCAUGCCAAGGCAUCAUUAGAUCAGUUAGCCUAGAAAGACUUAAAUCUCUCUCCCCAAAUUAUCUCUUCUAAGCUCUCUUCAUCAUUUAUGCUGAGUUGAGGAGGUAACGUUUAAGGACUUUAAUUCAUGUGUAAAAAUACGGACUUCCAAUUUCCCUGUAGCAUUACGUCCUCCACUGGCAGGAGCCAAAGCUAGUCUUAGAAUCUAACAAGAGAGACUGUGUUCUGCCAUGAUGAACUAUGGUGCUCCGGAUGGAUUUUUCCCCCCAUUUGAUGAUGUUAUUUAAGCUACUAGAUGUAUAUACACACGGGGUUGAGUUUACACGAAACUAUGAAAUGGUGUUUCCUGUUCAUGUCCCUGCCUCUUCAAACUUUGUUUUUUUAAUAGACCUCACUUCCUGUCCAUCACUUCCUUGUAAUGGGCUAACACUGAUGAGAGGAAUUAAAAUAAAAGAAUACUUUUGAAUACUCCUGCCCUAUUCACACACAUAAAGCUGUGGAGGAGUUAGUCCAGUCCUGUUCCCAAGCCAUACUUAGACACCAGACUUUUCUUCUCUUGGCACGUUGUAUCCUGCCUCCCUCACCCACAGCACAAAAUUAAGGGGGUCCUGACUUUAACCUCUACGGAGAAGUAAGCUCUCCAUGUUUUUAGAGCAGUUAUUUUGUACCGCACUCAUUUUUAUAUGUGCUGUUGUAAACUUCUUAAGGACAGGGAUUGUGUCUUGGUGAUUUCUGUAUUUCCACCUCAACCCCAGCAGCUAGCCCAGUGUCUUGAAUAAAUUAGGGGCUUAAUGUGUGUUGCACUAAAUUGAAUAAAGGAGUACUCCUACCAUAAGCGUUUUUCAUGCCCCGGUUGUGUAAGCUGAUUGUUUGUUUUGUUGACUCUGCAAAUAUUUAUGAUUAUCACCCCUUGCACACUAAAUUAUUUUUAACUACCCCAUGGACAUUUAGCUCUAGAAAAUGUGAUUGCUUCCAAUGAAAUGACUAUCCCGAACUCUCUGCCCCUGGAUAUACUUUGCCAAACUGAAAUUUGAAUUUUCUGAAUAAAUUGGUCAUGUCUGAAA